ACAAACAAUUUUUUAAAUUGUUUAUAUUUAUUAUUUAAUUAUUAACUAUUAUUAGUUAUUCAAAAUGAAAGCAUCACUAUUCGAAACAAUUGUUGAAGAUAUUAAAAAAUUUCGAGGAUUAAGCAGAGAUUGUGCUGAUUUUUUACUAAAAAAAUAUCCAGAUAUUUUACCAAAUGCUAUUCAUGGUAUUUUAUCAUCUGAAGUUCAGAUUCGAAUGAAAAAAUAUAGAUACAAAUUGUAUGGUAGCAGAUAUGAUUUCUUAGGACAAUACAAAAAAGCCAAGCAAAUGAAUCAACCACCUGGAAUUAUUGUUAGAAUUGCUCAGCAAGAAAAUUUAUCACCAGCUAUGGUUGCUCGAAUUAUCAUGGAAAAAUAUGCUCUAGCAGAGGAUGCUAAUGUAACUAAAGCUGAUAUAUCAAAAUUAUUAAAAGACACAUCACUAAUCAAAAAUUGUGAUUUGGCAUAUGAAAUAUAUUUGGCUGCUCUUUAUGAUGAUAGAAAUGGAUUGAUAUCAGAUGCAUUUAGCACAUCAAUUGGCUAUGAAUAUGAAAUAAAACUUCAGCUAUUACUUGAACAAAGAAAUAUAGCAUAUCAAACUGAAGAUGAUUUAAAAUCUCGAGGAUAUGAUAAAACUCCAGAUAUAAAACUUGAAAUUCCAAUAGCUGUUGAUGGAUUUAUUAUUAAUUGGAUUGAAUCUAAAGCACGUUUUGGCACACCUGAUAUUCAUAAUACACAUGUUGAUAAACAAUUUUUAAGCUAUUGGAAUAGAUUUGGACCGGGUCUUGUUAUUUAUUGGUUUGGUUUUGUUGAUGAAGUUGUACAAUUAAGUGAAAAAAAAUUUAUUGUUUUAGAUCAUUUUCCAGAAACUAUAUCAUACAUGGAUCCAACAUCCAUAAAAAUUAAUUCUAAACCAAAAAUUAAUUUAUAGAAAUUUGUCUAUGCAAUUUUGUAUAUAUACUCAAUUUCUUUUUUUAUUUAUUUAAUAGAGAAAAAAAAAAAACAAUUACAAAUAUUUAUAAAUUGUAAAAAAAAUUAUAAAUACAAUGCUUAUCAUGAAA